AUUGCCUCCUUGAAAGCUCUCCAUGCCUAUCAGUUGAAACAACCGGAUCAAAUUGCUACUAUUGACGUGGUUUGCCGACCAGGGAAGCGAGUGGGAAGGGGCUUGAAGAAAAUACGCCAAGUGCCCAUUAGGGAGACUGCCGAGAACCUCUCACUUCCAAUUCAUGAGAUUGACACAUUUACUGGAUGGAAUCCUCCAGUUACUCCGAAAGGUCCGAUCAAUCUGAUCAUCGCGGUAUCCUUCGGACUGUUUGUACCUCCACGUAUAUUGAACUCUGCGAGCUACGGAGGCCUGAACGUGCAUCCUUCAUUACUGCCGGAUUUCCGCGGUCCGGCUCCUUUGCACCAUACGCUCUUAGCAGGAGAAAAGUCAACUGGUGUUACUCUCCAGACACUACACCACAAGACUUUUGAUCAUGGAACAAUUCUCGCCCAGACCCCGCCGCCCGGCAUUGACAUCCCCAAUUCCGACAUCUGCACUGUCUCUGAGCUUCUGAACGUCGUUGCACCAAUAGGCGCCCAGCUGCUGGUGGACGGUAUUAAAGAUGGCCUCUUUGUCCCCCCUUUGAAGGACGUAGGCUGGAGAGCUCAAGAGAAACCCGAGAACCUAACUCACGCAACCAAAAUUAGACCAGAAAAUCUGCACAUCGACUGGGCAAACUGGACAAUGCUCGAAAUCAACUGGCGCAAGCGAGUCUUGGGUCCAUUAUGGAGCAAGGCACUUGUCGGAUCGAACGCUUCAGAUGGUCCUCUUACAUUUCAGCAAAAGCGAGUAAUCCUGACUGAGACCGAAGAAGUGGACCCACCGAAAGGAUGUGACACUUUGGCUGUGGUCCCCGGUCUACCAUUCGUGAAUGCUCCCUGUCCCGUUGAGCCCAAGAAGGGAAGAGCACUUCAUGUGUUCACUCGGGACGGCAAGGUUCUGCGCAUCAAUAAGAUGAAAGUAGAGGGUGAAGCAGUGGCUGAUGGGCUUCGUGCUGCGAUUAAGGCUCGCAUGUUUGGUGAUCGGUCAUUCCAGUCGGAAGGUGUUGAGUUUACAACUUUCCGCAAUCCUCUGGUUUGA